AUGAUCAUCCCGGUGCGCUUCUUCACGUGUGGCAAGAUCAUCGGCAACACGCGGGAGGCCUCCCUGGGGCUGCUGCAGGCCCAGUAUACCGAGGGGGAUGCCCUGGACGCCCUUGGCCUGAAGCGCUACUGCUGCCGCCGCAUGCUGCUGGCGCACAAGGACCUGAUCAGGAAGCUGCUCAACUACGCGCCUCUGGAGAAGUGA